AUGUCAACUAACCUUGAGCCCUCAGCUUUUCGCAAGGAACGAGUCUUCCCACAGAGAAGACAGAAAACCGAGAACGCAAUACCGUUGUCUCUUCUCGAUGCAACCACCGUCAACUUUGCCCUCACGAACGCUCUGUGGCUUUUUGAGAAGGUAGACCUCGGGGCUGGAGAAGGUACUUCCGAUUUCUGCCUUCGCGACCAUCUCCAACAGUCCCUCAGUGCCACUCUGGAUGCUUAUCCCCAGUGGUGUGGCCACCUAAAGAUAGUCGGGACCAUCGAUGGCAAAGUGGAGGAGGCGGCCAAGCACUUCUCUCCCCAUGCCCGCAGAUUCGGUCGAGUGUAUGCACACUAUGGCACCGAGGAUGAUCCAGGCGUCGAGUUCAUCUCCUGUAGGAGCCCUGCCACUCUGGGCAUGCUCUACCCGGAGUCGCGCACAGCGAAGCAACCGAUCUGGGACCGGCAAGGGGUAUCGCUCAAGGCCUUCAUCCCACAAACCAAGAUUGCCAGCCCGUCGAGCAGCCCCAAAAGUCCAGGUCAAGACGGCCUCCUCGAGCCGCUGCUGGCCAUCCAGCUCACUGAGUUGGCUUGCGGCGGGUUCGUUGUCGCAGCAAAGAUCACGCAUCCGCUAGCAGAUAUCACUUCACUUGUCCAACUGAUCAAAGACUGGUCCAUAGUCAGCAGCGCAAGACUUGCGGGAAGCCCUGAGCCUGGUUUAAACCCAGUAUUUGACCCUGCACUGGUUGAUUCGCAUGCUGCGGGCGACAUCGACGCUGAUCAACCAGACAACAAUCUCGUUGAGCAAACGAGAGAAUUACCCCUUCACAGAUAUGACUGGUGGGCAUCCUCAGAGGGUGCUCCGUGGCCCCUAGAGACACCUAGCGUGUUCCUCGAAAACUCAACUGGUGAGAGCAGUCUCCCGCCAGCAGGAAAAGCCAUGCCGUGGUCUGAAUGGGAUGUCAAGCAGCAUGUCUCCCACUAUACAAUCCAUUUGACCCAUGACCAAAUCGAACACCUCUGGAAGCAAUCAUCAGGCACCAGCGACCGCUCGUCCCCUUCCUCGUCGCCACCAUCGCCCCGGACCAGUCGCCAUGACGCGGUACUGGCUCAUAUCUGGUCAUGCAUCACGCGGGCUCGCAAUUUCCAGCACGACACCGACCCAGUGUACUGCGACCUCGCGUACGGCCUCCGUCCCGUCCUCAAGCUCGGCGAAUCGUUCCUGGGCUCGCCCAUCAUCAUGGUGAGCACCGAGCUAUCCGGCGCCGUGGUUUCUGCCUCGAGUGCACCGGAUGCAGAGGGAGGAGUGGCGAUGGCACUCGCACCCCUCGCCCGGGGCAUCCGAAAAACGCUGGACAGGAUGAGCCGGACAGAGGCCGUCGCAGCGCACCUGCACACGGUGGCGUACGAGAAGUCUCCCCAGCGGAUCUGGCAGGCAUUCCUGGGCAGGCGUCACAUCCUGGUGACGACGUGGGCGCGCGCCGGGCUCUACGAUGUCGACUUCGGACUCGGAUCCAGGGUGGUCUACGCUGACGGGAUCAUUCCCGAGCUGGAUGGCGACGUGUUGAUCAAGGAGGCACCGCCAUCGUGGCAGGCAGACUCGGUCCCGGACACGGCGGCCGGGCGCUCGUGGACUCGUCACGGCGUCGACGUCUCCAUCAAUAUCUGCGACGACGACAUGGCGCGCCUCAUCAGGGACCCCUUGCUGCUGCCAGAGAUCUUGGACGGGGAGGGCGUGUGA